AAGAAAAAGAAUUGAGAAUGACAUUUGGUGCACGAUUUGCCGGCUAGCCGCUAGCCUGUUGUUUCUAAAUUAUUAACUUAAUCUGUAUAUAUUUACGUGUUUAAGUUGUUAGUUUAAAACAUUAAAUUUAAAUUAUGUUUUCUAAACUAUAAAAGAAAAUGUCUUACCUAUCUGUCACAGAUAUUUUAGUUAGUAAUGAAAAAGUGCCUUGUAAAUUUCUACACGAUUUGCCAAAGUUAGGGUUUCUGGAUCCAUCAUGUACUGAUGAUGAUUUGAAAGCUGGAACAAGUGUAGAAAUCCCUAUAUGGCUGGCUGAGUCUUUAUCUUCAAGGAGACCACCACUAGUAACAGUAGAUUUGCCUAAAGUUUACAAAGAAACUUACAGAGAAAUAUUCAGUGCUGAUGCAUGUACUGUAGAUAUGCAUAAAUUGGCUCAAUACUUCUAUGAACUAGGGUGUUAUGUUGCAAAAUAUGAUAUAAAAGGGGAGGUAGCAACAACUCUAGUAAAUACAUUUAGACAGAGAUUUAAGAUGAUUCUAUCAGGUAGCGUAGCAACAGAUUCUAUAAAUGCUUUACAACCAUUGUCAGAAUGUGAGAGAGAUCAUACAGUAGCAGCUAUGGCAACAGAAAAAGCUCUAUCUUCUUGGCUGAAGAGAGGGGAAUCAUUAUUGACAACUGCUACUAUGGUAGCCAAUCAUAGAAAGAGGAAAAGAGCUGAAAUGGAAAUGUUGUGAUAACAUGAAAUAGUAAAUAAGGAUUCAAAUCAUGAAAGUAAGCAUGUGCCAUUGCAUCAUCAGCUGGCAUCCGUAAUGCUGGGUUGCAUGUCAGUAGACGAGCCAGAAGGUCUCUCCCACGAGCAGACAAUCUUGGCACAACUUGAGCAAGACCCAAACUUGGUUGGUAAACUGGUAAUGGCUUAUAAUCUGGCAGCUGAGUUACUCCAGGCCAUGUAUCUUCAUUUGGUGUUCCUGUCAUAAAUAGUAAUAAUAAAGUUUUUAGCUUCAGUUAGUAUUUUUAAAUAUAAAUGUGCUUAACAUUGA